AGAAAGAAGGAGAUCACCGCAUUAUUAGUUAAGAUACUGUUUUUUAUUCACUGUAUUUCUCUGUGCCAGUGUGUCCCGAGAACAAUCCUUAUUUGGUGUUUGAUAAUAAAAAACAUGAUCAUACCUAUAAAGUGAAUUGAAAGGGCAACUCAGACAAUCAUUUAUUCAAUCAUUGCUUCAAAAACAUACUAUAAGUACUAACUCUACACUAGACACUGUGUGAGGGCACUUUAGAAAAAAAAUAAUUAACUAGGAAACUGGUUUAUAGUCUAGUUAAGGUCACAACACAGGUACUUAGAGGAGCGAUUACUAUUCAGGGUGGCAAAUGUUACGAUCAAAGGAAACACUGGAUUCUGCUACUGUCACAGCAGCAAGGAGAGAAAGACUUCCUGGGAAAAGUGAUGUUUAAGAUGAUCCUUGAAGGGUGAGUGCAAGUUAGUGGGAGGGGUGGUGUGCAAAGAAAUUUUCAGGUUGCAAAACACAUGAACUUCAAAUCUCCUUUAUCUUCUUUUUUUUUUUUCCCUUGGUGUUCAGGAUACCAGGCUUUCCAGGACCACAAGGGCUACCGGGGAUUCCUGGUGACACUGAGACGUGUCUACCUCCCUGCCAAAUCUGCCUUUGCCGUGAAGCUGAGUAGUCCCCUCCCAGCCCCCUCCCAGCUCAUAGUCUUCAAGGAAGCCCUGCAUAACCACCAGGACCACUUCAGCCUUACCACAGGAGUGGCCACCUGCACCUGCACCGUCCCUGGUGUGCGUCGCUUUGGCUUUGACUUUGCGCUGUUCCAGCAUGCUGUGAGGUUAGGGCUCAUGAAGAAUGGCACCCAAGUCCUUGAGAAGGAAGCCAGGGCCAAGGACAAUUGCAGGCAUGUUUCUGGAAAUGUCGCCUUGCAGCUAAUAAUGGGAGACCAAGUCUGGCUGGAUUCCAAGCUAGACACAGCAGAGACAGAGAAAGGAUUGAUUCAAAGGGCAUUCUUUGGGUAUCUUCUCUAUGGAAAUGACACUGGCUAAGGGAUAGCAGCACCCUUACAUUCCUCACGAGGUCCUAAAUCUCACAGCAAACUUCCCUCCCCCACCCUGGAUAUUUUUCAGUAAGAUUGUCGGAUGAAUAACAUUAAGAACCCCAGUUUACCAAGGUGAAUGCAAACCUAAACAUGGUAGAGAUUAAUUAUCCAUUAACUGGUCAACAGUUUCUUAUUGAAAGCUCAUCAGAUUUCAUGUAUCCUGCUACAUCCUGGGGACGUCAGGCAGGGGGUACAUCAGGAAAUAAGACCUGGCAGAAAGAGCUGGACUACUACUUGAGUCCAGGGGCACCAGGCAAGUCACUAUCCCUUUCCUUGAUUAUGUGUAAAUAUUGUUGUUGUUUCUGUUUUUUGU